UUAUGAAAAUUUAAAUAUUCCAAAAAAUGGAUGGAUUGUUGAUAAUUUAAGUUUUACGAUUGAAAAAAAGUCUAUUGAACUUGUAAUUAAUUUGGAAGACACAAAAAUUGGAAAAAAUGGAAAUAAUAAUUCGAAAGCUGCAAUGGAUGCAAUUAAAUAUAUUGAAAAAUUGCUUGAUGAUUGUUCAUCGAAAAAGGAGGAUAAUAAUGAGGAAUUAUUGGAAGAAAAAAUUAAAGAAUUAAAUUUAAAUGAUAAAAAUAUUUCAUUACAAAUUUUAAAAAUGCAUAAUGACCACGUAAAUGAAGUUAAAGAAUUAAAAAAUGAAAUUAAACAAAAGGUGGAAGAAAAUAAUUUUUUAAUGAAGAAAGUUGAGGAAUUAAAUAAAUAUAAAAUUAAAUUUUUGGAACAAGAAAUAAAAGAAGCAACUAGAAAACAAAAUAAUGAAAAUAAAGAAGAAUUAAUUAAGGAGGAUUUAAUUGAAUUAUUGGAGAAUAGUUACUUGGAUAGUUCAAAAAACAAAAAGUUGAAUGAGAAAGGAGGAAUUUGUGUUGGAAUUGAUAAUAUUAAUUCUUUGUUUGAUAUUUAUCGUCAAAAAGGAGAAAAUGUUGAAAAGAGGGCCAAGGAAGAUGAAUCAAAUUCUGAAAUUAGUGAAUUCGAUAUUCUCGAUAAUGAAAAUGGAAAAAAGAAGAUAAUUAAUGAUGAAAUUUAUAUAGAAGAAGAAGAAGUAAAAAACUGA